CAAAGCCCAUCAUUUUGGGGUCCCAAUCUAUUUUCGUCCCCAUUAAACGCAGUAAGCGACGUAGUGGGGAAAAGUGAGCUGGGCACACAAACGUCAAAACAUGCCGUCCAUAUCGCACCACUAAAUCAACAAGAGCACGAAAAUUAAAAUUUUACGUUUCCUUCGCUGAAAAAAUGUCCAAAUCCAACGACAGCUAUGUUUGCCCCGUCUUCGCCACCAGUGGAAAAUGCGGCGAGCAGGACGCCCUGGAAGUCAUGGAACAGUUCCGCAGCUUCUACGAGGGCAAACUCAACGAGAUCGACCACCAAGGGGGCGGCGACUGCCUCGAGCUCAAGUUGAAGAUCCAGAGGAGAUGGAUUGACGAUCUCACUGAACAAACACAAAUGAUGGCGAAAAUUGUCAAAGAACUGGAAGAUGAGGCUACGACUAGAGUCCGCAUGCUCGAGGAUAAGUUGCGGCAGACUUCGAAAAGUGCCUAUGAAGUGAUGAAAAGGUACCAAAACUACAGUAUUACACACAAUUUAGAUGAGCCUUUCCAGAAAGUUUUUUACCUGGAAAAUGACAUGAAAAACUUAUUGGAAUUUAUCAGGAGAAUUAGGGACGAUCGCAAGUGGAGUAUCGAUGGAUUGCAAUUUUAUGACGUCACUUAUAAAGAUUUGUUUGGUACAGAACAAUGUGACUGCAAUGAUAAGGAAAGAAAUUUGGCUCUGGUGGGUUCCAAAGAGGCAAAUAAUAGAAAGGGGCCACCGUCCGAGGCGAAAGCCGACGAAUCGAUCGAUGAAAAUGAAAAUAGCAAAGUGAGCGAUGAUGUUUUUCAACAGUUGAAAAAGAAAACAGACGAAUAUGAAUCACUCAGGCAAUCGAUGUUGGAUAUGAGGAGCGCCCUAACUGAAGAAGUGGCCUGCAAGCAUGACAUGAUUUCAGCCCUUAAAAAAGACAUUCAACAGUUGGAGGAGCGGUGCGUCCAGGCUGACAAACAGACAGCCUUCAAAGACGAUAUUAUCAAAGAGUUGCGGAAGGAAAUAAAACAGCUGAAGCAACAGAACAAUGAGAAUGAAUCCCUGAAGAAACAACUCGAAGAGGCCCAAAAACUGAUAAGACGAAUGAAACCUUGCGUGGAUGUGACGACGACCUUCACGGACAUGGACGACAAAUCGAUCCAAAACAAAGACAACAUCAGCCAAAACAACACACUUAACGUAGUCCAAUUUGAGUUACAGGCCUCGAGACGGCGCGAAAAAGAUCUCGAAGACGAAAUCUCGCGUCGACAGCGCGAAGUGGACGAACUCAAAGUCAAGUGUGUCGACUUGGAAAAGUGUUUGGCCAGCUCACAAGGCUGUGCUAGCAAUCUACAAAAGGCGGUCGAUUUGUAUCUCAAUUCCAUUAAUGUAUUGGAAGCGUCGGAGGAAAGGGCCAGAAUUGAGAUCGAGCAACAGAAAGUUACCAUUGCCAAUCUCCAAGAGGCUUUAAUUAGUGUCAAACAUGAGUUAGACGAAUUGAGACAAAACAAUCAGCAAGAAAUUAGUCACUAUCAGUAUUUAUCCGACGUCUUUUACAUCAAUUUGUUAGACUUGGAGGAACAAAAACAAAUACUCGAGGAUGAAAAAACAAAAGCUAUAAAUUCGUAUAAAAAACUGAGAGACUGUAAUUUUGAACUCGAAGUUGAACAUUUCAACGCCUUGCAAGAUUUGGCAAUUUCUGAGACGCAAUUAUACAAAUAUCAAAAGGAGUUCAGAGCCUUUGAGGAGUCAGUUGCUUGCGGCAAAGAUGAGAUUAAGAAGUUGCGUCAGCAGAUCCGCUAUUACGAGCAUGUGAUUGAUUGUUUCAAACACGAAAUGACGGCAAUGUCGGAACAGCUCAUUAAUUUGCAAGAAAUUUUGAACUUAUCUAACAAGUCGUGUAAGGAAGAAAAUGGGCAGUUACAUCGUGCUGUUCUCGAGCUGCAAAAACUAAGCGAGAAAUUGCAAGCCGACUUGGUCAAUACUGAGAAAAAGGCUUUAGUCGAGAACCAGAUGAAUCAACUCAAAGAUGCAAAAAUUGACGAACUGCAGCUGAUCAUAGGCCAGAAAAACGCUGAUUUGAAUAUGCACGACGAGGCGAUUAACGAUAUGAAAAUUCGACUUGAAAAUGCAAUUUUGGAGAAUCACGAGUUGCAAAGUACUGUAGUUUCGUUAAACGCUACUAUAAUGCAGCUGCAGUGCAAUCUGGAUUGUCGCGAGUUCCAAAAACAGGACAGAGGAUGCGGCGAAGUCGAUCGGAACUGCAAAAAGUGGCAAAAACUUCAAGCUGAAUAUCGAGAGCAGUACGAAUUGGUCAAAAACAUGGAGAGAGAGUUGCACAGAAUGAAAGAAAAACAUAAGGAUAAAUUGAAACAUUUGAGGCUUCUGAACGAAGAACUGAAAGAUAGACUGGCCACGAGCGAAUUAGCCAAUCAGCAUUUACACAAACAAGUGAAGGAAUUGAAGGAACACGCGAAACAUGUUGGUCGGAAAGACUGUUCCACGGAACACGAGUUGACCAAAAGCAAACAAAUUGUCAUAGAACUGAGGCAAACAUUGAUUGAACUGAAUGAAACUUUGGCCGAGUGCGACUUUCAGUGUGCCCUUGGCGACGAGUGUCAUUACAUUUCACCAAAGGAAUUAGAUAAUUGUGACUGUUAUACCGGCUGUCGGGACGAAAUUUCAAUGUUUAAGAAACUGGCCGAGAAUUUGAAGGAUAAGUUAUUCGAAAUGAGGAGAAAACUUACAGACGCUGAGGCGCGCAAUAAAUCACUGAGUGAAGAACUGAAAAACAAGAAUGUGGGAAUGAGCGAGUUGCAAAAGAGGGCAGAAACGCAUAAUGAGCUUAAGAAACAGGUUGCUGAACUUGAAGCUCGCAAUAAAUUACUCAACGAUGAAUUGAAAUGCAAAGAUACACGAGUCUGUGAAGUACAGAAGAAAGCAGCGAAGAAAGAGAAGGAGCACUGCCAGUGUAUUCGAGAACUGACUGAAAAAUUAAAAGAUUCCCAAGAGGAAGAACGGCGAUUAUCCGAUUUCAUUGAAAAUUUGAAACUUGAGGUGCAGAAGAAAAUUGAAGAUAAGAAAGCCGUAGCCAACUUUUGCGAAUGUAAUGAAAUCAGUGCCACACAGGAAGAAAUUAGUACGUUGAAAGUCGAGAUAAAGAGCAUGAUAUCGAAUCAGUUGGCUCUGAAUAGCGAGAAUGACAAAUUACUCAAACAAGUGACGUGUCUACAAAACACUGUUGGGUCUCUGGAAGAAAAGAAUCGACAGUUGAAGCUAAAAUUGGACAAACUGCAUGCUGAAAAUAAGAAUUUGAAAGAAAAAAAUAAGUGUUUGUCUCGUGAGAAGGAAACGUGUGCUCAGACUAUAAGAAAUUUGGAGUUAGAAUUGGCCGAUGCGAAAAACAAUCGAGAUGAUUUAUGUACUGAGAGUAGAUGUGUCGUCAAUAAUGUUAAAGCCUGGUUGGAGGAACAAAGGAAGAUCAAUGAUAGAGUGAAGAAAAAAACGCAGUGUUAUUGCGAAACUAUUGCAAAAUUGAAACAAGAGAACGAGUCAUUGAAUACAGGACGCACUUAUUGCACACCUUGCAAUAAAUCCAAAAACGAAAAGAGCUACCGACCUUGCUCUUCCCCCGUUGAAUGUUUAGAGACGUGGUUAAUGGGUUCGCAGGGUUCAUUGAAUAGUCCCCCCGAGAGUCCUCUUGAGAGUUGUACUUGCAGUAUCGAGGAGUGGUAUUCCCCCAAUUACAGGGAUGAGGAUACUGACGACCAAUGUGAAGAGUUCAUAAACACACUCGAAACCGUAACCCAAGAAAUUCGGGAAAAUAACAAAAAAUGGAAUUGCAAAGCAAUGUCAAAAAUGUGUGGUGGUCGAAACAAAAAGUGACUUUAUAUACCUAUUUAUACUAUAUAUUAUACAGUAUUGUAGUUUUGUAUUUUUAUAUAACGAGUGACUGCAAUAAAUAAUGUGUACUUACAGGAAAAAACGUCUUUGUGUAUACAAA